ACUACUAUGUCAUUAAAUGAUUACAUGCCGAUUAGCUUCGUAAACAUCGAGCUAUUUAAUUUUAUGGCCACAAUGCUGCAUAUUCAGACUUUCAUUCCUGAAGAAUAAUAUUUUUAAAUGUGAAAACCCAUGACAAUACAAUAAAUAGAAAACCAUGGUUAACAAAAUAAAAGCUGUCUUCACAAAUUACCACCUGAAGUAAGAUGUCUCGUUUAGAAGCUAAAAAGCCAUCCUUGUGUAAAAGUGAACCACUGACAAGUGAGAGAGUCAGGGCCACACUUUCUGUCUUGAAGGGAAUCGUGACAUCGUGCUAUGGCCCCUCGGGUCGGCUGAAGCAGCUGCACAACGGCCUUGGAGGCUGUGUGUGCACAACUUCACAGUCGUCAGCCCUGCUUGCUAACCUCUCCGUCACCCAUCCCAUUUUAAAGAUCCUGACAACUGCCAUGCAGAAUCACGUGUCGUGCUUCAGUGACUGUGGCUUAUUCACAGCCAUUCUUUGCUGCAACCUGAUUGAAAAUGUUCAGAGAAUAGGCUUGACACCCACCACUGUCAUGAAAUUAAAUAAGCAUCUUUUGAGGCUCUGCAUCAGUUACCUCAAGUCUGAAGUCUGUGGCUGUCGAAUUCCAGUUGACUUUAGUAGUACUCAGAUCCUCCUUUGUUUGGUACGCAGUAUAUUAACAAGUAAACCUGCCUGUAUGCUCACCAGGAAGGAAAUAGACCAUGUCAGUGCUUUGAUUCUGAGAGCCUUUUUGCUGACAAUUCCAGAAAACACCGAGGACCACAUCAUUUUAGGAAAGAGUAUAAUUGUACCUUUAAAAGGCCAAAGAGUUAUAGAUUCUACUGUAUUACCUGGAAUACUUAUUGAAAUGUCAGAAGUUCAAUUCAUGAAGUUACUGCCUGUCAAAAAAUCAGGUUCCCUCAAGGUGGCACUCUUUUGUGCAUCUUUAUCUGGGGACCUUUCUGAUACCGGGGAAGGAACUGUGGUGGUCAGUUAUGGAGUUUCUCUUGAAAAUGCAGUCCUGGACCAGCUGCUUAACCUGGGAAGGCAGCUAGUUAGUGAUCAUGUAGAUCUUGUUAUGUGCCAAAAAGUUAUACACCCAUCUUUGAAACAGUUUCUCAGUAUGCAUCAUGUUAUUGCCAUAGACAGAGUUGGAGUGGCUCUGAUGGAACCCUUGAGUAAAGUGACAGGAACACGGCCGAUUGGUUCCCUAGGCUCAGUCUCACCUAGUACUUAUGGAAGUGUGAAAGAUUGGUGCACUGCAAAAUUUGGCUUCAAACAUUUUUUUCAUCUUAUUCCUAAUGAAGCAACUGUCUGCAGUCUGCUUCUCUGCAACAGGAGUGACACUGCCUGGGAUGAACUGAAGGUCACAUGUCAAACAGCACUGCAUGUUUUGCAGUUGACACUCAAGGAACCGAGCGUUUUAUUGGGAGGUGGCUGCACUGAAACUCACUUGGCAGCAUAUAUCAGACACAAGACUUGUAACGAGCCAGAAAGCAUUCUUAAGGAUGAAGGAUGUACUCAAACAGAACUUCAGCUAAUUACUGAAGCAUUUUGCAGUGCACUGGAAUCUCUCGCUGGGUCUUUAGAACAUGAUGGAGGAGAAAUUCUCACUGACCUGAAGUAUGGACACUUUUGGUCGGUUCAGGCAGAUUCUCCCUCUAUUGUUAACUGGUCAAAUUUGCUUUCAAGAUGUGGCUGUGGACUAUGCAAUAGCCAGGAAGAACUCAGCUGGUCUUUCCUAAGGAGUACUUGUCAUCCUUUUGCGCCACAAACCUGCCUUCCACAUGAAGCUGCAGGCUCAGCCAACAACCUGACUUUGGACUGUUUUACUGCUAAGCUUAAUGGCCUACAGGUGGCUGUGGAGACAGCCAAUUUGAUUUUGGAUCUUUCAUAUGUUAUUGAAGAUAAAAACUGAUAUAAGAGAAUAGCAUGUUUAUAUUAUUUUAAAAAACUAGUGAGAUAUCAAUUAAGAAAAAUAUUGAAAAAUAUUGAAUGUAUUUGUUCUCUCCCAAAGGUCUGUUGUAAAUAUCUAGAAAGAUGAUUCAUAAAAUUAUAGAUUUACUUAUGGAAAAAAGGGAUGAUUCUUGAAUAGAAAUGCCAUAGAAUAAUAAAUAUCUGAAGCAUUAAUAAAGAUAUUGUAGUUAUCUUAGGGAUUCCACUGUACAUCGUUCUAAAUUUUUGUUAUUUUGACAUCAUCCUAAGAAUAUACAGAAAUAAAAAAAAUUUUC